AUUAUUAUUAUAAUUAAUUUGGCUUCAUUUAUGAGCACAACUGUCGACAGCAGUACAGUUAGAACCAAACCUCUAUCCCUAUCUCUAUCUAUCUUCAAAGCUCUCUCCAUCUGCUACAGCUACACUACCAAGCUGCCUCCUUUUUCCCAAUACAGCAUUAGAAGUUGCGUUCUCAUUUAUUAUGUCACUCUACUGACACGCACGCGCACACCCUAACCUUCUCUGCUCACUAUUCAUCGCAACGCAACCUCCUUAUCUCCUCUCCCCUUUAAAUUCUUCACCCUUUUUAAGGCAAGGUCAAGGUCCUCUGCAAAUAGUACCAACUCCCAACGCGGGAUUGGAAUGGAUCCCUUCCCUCGUUGAUUAAUGCCCUACGUACCUACCCCUUCUUCUUCUUCUUCUUCAAAUAAACCUUGCAAUGCAAUAGUAGUAUACUCAAACCAUUCUUUUACUUCUCCCCUUAUUCUACUUACACUGUUUCUCCCAAGAGAUAGUUGGAGAUGGACUACAUGAAAAAGGAUUUCUCCCUCAUCCUAACUAUACUCUUUUUAACAUCAUGUUCACUCGCUUCUGUUUUCUGUCAAAACCAAGAUUUAUCACUUCUUCUGGACAUCAAGAGGUCGUUUGUUCAAGACCCUCAAAAUGUUCUGCAUGACUGGUCAUCCCAAGCCAACCCCAAUUUCUGUGCUUGGACCGGAGUCGCUUGUGGCUUCAUCUCCCCCGCCAACUCCUUCCAUGUUGUCAGUCUAAACCUUUCUGGAUUCUCGCUGGGUGGCUCCCUGUCACCCUCGCUCGGCCGUUUACAAAACCUACUCCACCUUGAUCUUUCCUCUAACCGCCUUACGGGUCCCAUCCCAACCACCCUCUCUAACCUUUCUUCCUUGGAAUCUUUGCUUCUAUACUCAAACCAACUCUCUGGACCCAUCCCACCUCAGCUGGGUUCAUUCACCAGCCUCCGAGUCAUGCGAAUUGGUGACAAUGAACUCACUGGUCCCAUUCCUUCCUCGUUUGGAAACCUUGUCAACCUGGUCACCCUCGGCCUAGCCUCAUGCCGUCUCACAGGCCCGAUUCCCCGUGAGCUGGGUCAGCUCACCAGACUUGAGGACUUGGUUCUGCAGGAUAACCAACUUGAGGGCCCUAUCCCACCUCAGCUUGGCAACUGUUCAAGCCUCAACGUAUUCACCGCGGCUUUCAACAACCUUAACGGAUCCAUCCCCGCGGAAUUGGGUCGUCUCAAGAACCUUCAACUUCUAAAUUUGAUUAACAACAGUCUUUCGGGUGAUUUGCCCAGCCAACUGGGUGAACUGAGCCAACUCGUUUAUCUCAGUUUAACGGGGAACCAUCUUGAAGGCGCAAUCCCAAAGUCAUUGGCCAACUUGCGCAAUCUUGAGAAUCUUGAUUUGUCGCUAAACAAGCUCACAGGCGGCAUUCCCGAAGAACUAGGCAAGUUGAGUAAGCUGGUGUACUUGGUUCUGUCAAACAACAAUCUUUCAGGUCCAAUACCAAGAAAUAUAUGUUCCAAUACUAGCAAUUUGGAGCAUCUGAUCCUUUCAGAGGUUCAACUUUUGGGUGAAAUCCCAGUAGAAUUGAGACUCUGUAGAGCUUUGAAGCAGCUUGAUUUGUCCAACAACACUCUGAAUGGAUCAAUACCAGUUGAGCUUUAUGAGCUGCGUGAAUUGACCGAUCUCUAUCUCCACAACAACAGCUUGGUCGGUUCGAUUUCUCCAUCCAUAGCGAACCUCAGCAACUUGCAGACACUUGCUCUGUUUCACAACAAUUUAGAGGGAAAUCUGCCUGGAGAAAUAGGAAUGCUGAGUAAACUUGAAAUCUUGUAUCUAUAUGAAAAUCGGCUAUCUGGAGACAUCCCUUGGGAGAUUGGUAAUUGUUCAAGCCUGAAAAUGAUGGACUUCUUUGGCAAUCGUUUCACAGGGGAGAUCCCCCUUACUAUUGGCAGGCUGAAGGAGCUGCAGCUGCUUCAUCUAAGGCAAAAUGCGCUUGUGGGUGAAAUUCCAGCCUCACUGGGUAACUGCAAUCACCUAACCAUCCUGGACUUAGCAGACAAUCACCUAUCUGGCGGCGUUCCCUCGAGUUUCGGAUUCCUUCAAGCCCUGGAGCAGCUCAUGCUUUACAAUAAUUCACUUGAAGGUAAUCUCCCCGCUUCAUUGAUCAGUUUAGCCAACCUAACUAGAGUCAAUCUCUCCAAAAACAAAAUGAAUGGCAGCAUUGCUGCAUUGUGUAGUUCGAGUUCUUUGCUUUCCUUCGAUGUAACAAACAAUGCAUUCGAUGGUGAAAUUCCUGAGGAGCUGGGUAAUUCACCUGCUCUUGAGAGACUAAGAUUAGGCAAAAACAGAUUCAUUGGAACAAUCCCUGGAUCAUUGGGCAUGAUUCGUGAAUUGUCACUAUUAGACCUCUCAGGUAAUUUGCUCACUGGACCUAUUCCAGGUGAGCUCAAGUUGUGCAGAAAAUUGAGUCAUAUCGAUUUAAAUGACAACUCGCUUUCCGGAGUGGUACCGUCAUGGCUUGGCGAUUUGCCUCAACUCGGAGAGCUUAGGCUCUCCUCCAAUCAGUUUUUUGGGGCUCUUUCUCGACAACUUUUUAAUUGUUCCAAGCUGUUGGUACUGCAACUUGAUGGCAACUCACUUAAUGGAACUCUCCUUGGUGAAAUAGGUGAUCUGUUGUCUCUUAAUAUACUCAAUCUCAACAGAAACCAACUUUCUGGACCCAUUCCUACAACCAUAGGCAAGCUAAGCAACCUAUAUGAGCUACAGCUCUCACACAACGGCUUCAGUGGUGAUAUACCAACUGAGCUUGGACAACUUAAGAAUCUCCAAAGCAUUCUAGACCUCAGUUACAACAACCUCACCGGACAAAUCCCACCUUCUAUCGGAACACUAUCCAAGCUCGAAGCCCUUGAUCUUUCUCACAAUUUACUCCUGGGAGAAGUCCCUCCUGAAAUUGGUGACAUGAGCAGCUUGGGGAAGCUUAAUCUCUCCCACAACAAUCUCCAAGGCAAAUUAAGCAAACAAUUGUCACACUGGCCAGCUGAAGCAUUUGAAGGGAACUUAAAUCUUUGUGGCAGCCCUCUUGAUGGUUGCGAUAACCUUGCAUCCGGCCAACAGCAAGCAGCCCUGAGCGAAACAUCCGUGGUGGUGAUAUCAGCAAUUGCAACACUAGCGGCAAUUGCUCUGCUGGUGCUGGUAGUAACCGUCUUCUUGAAACAAAGGAGAGAAUAUUUCAAGAGAGGCAGUGUGGUGAACUUCACCUACUCUUCCAGUUCUUCUCAAGCUAGGAGAAGGCUACUCUUCCAUAAUGGGGCUGCUAAGCAAGACUACAAAUGGGAAGACAUCAUGCGAGCCACAAAAAACCUAAGUGAUGAGUUAGUCAUUGGCUCUGGGGGGUCUGGAACGAUCUACAGAGGUGAAUUACGGACUGGAGAAACGGUGGCCAUCAAAAAGAUUCUAUGGAAGGAGGAUCUUCUAUCGAAUAGAAGUUUCGCAAGGGAGAUUAAGACACUUGGGAGGAUAAGGCACAGGCAUUUAGUGAAGUUGAUGGGGUAUUGUAGCAACAGAGUGGCCGGCUUCAAUCUCCUGAUAUACGAGUACAUGGAGAAUGGAAGUGUGUGGGAUUGGCUGCAUAAGCAGCCGGCGAAUAUCAAGAAGAAGAGCCUUGAUUGGGAGGCUAGGAUAAAGAUUGCGGUGGGAUUAGCGCAAGGGGUUGAGUACCUCCAUCAUGACUGCGUGCCCAAGAUUGUUCACAGGGACAUCAAAUCAAGCAAUGUGUUGCUAGAUUCUAACAUGGAAGCGCAUUUGGGAGAUUUCGGGCUAGCAAAAUCAGUUGCUGAGAGUUAUGACUCAGCCUCCAACACAGAAUCAAAUUCAUGGUUUGCGGGGUCUUACGGCUAUAUUGCGCCAGAGUAUGCUUAUACGCUCAAGACAACCGAGAAGACUGACGUUUACAGUAUGGGCAUUGUGCUGAUGGAGCUUGUCAGCGGGAAAAUGCCAACUGAUACCCUUUUUGGUGUAGACAUGGACAUGGUAAGAUGGGUGGAGACGCGUAUCCAAGUGCAAGGUUCUGAUCGUGGGGAACUCAUAGAUCCAGCGUUGAAACCGCUCUUACCUUGCGAGGAAUCUGCCGCAUAUCAGGUGCUUGACAUAGCCCUGCAGUGCACCAGAACGGCCGCACAAGAUAGGCCAUCUGCCCGUCAAGCCACGGAUCUCCUCGUUCAUGUAUUGAACAACAGGAAGUUGGAUAUUGACAAGGUGAACUCCGGGCCCUACAAGUGACCUACUUCUAAACCAAAAUAAGGACAAAACCUCACAUCUGGCAACUUCCAUUUAAACACAUAUUAUGCCAAAAAUGUACGGACAUAUGUGUAACAGUUCAACUUAAUCCUCCAUUGUUGAAAAUUCCAGCUUGUUUGAAUAGUUUUUGGUAGGGCACUAAACUUCGGUUUGAAAUUUUUUUUUCUUUUUUCUGAAAUAACUUUGUUUUGAUUGUUAUUUGCCAUUCUACCUUGAGAUCAUAGAUAAACUUGCUACUAUAUUUUAUGAGAAUGAAAUUUUCAAUUAAA